AUGGAUUCUGCAACGAAAGUGAAGAAGGGAGCAGCGGGAAGAAGAGGUGGAGGCCCGAAAAAUAAACCGGUUUCCCGGUCGGUUAAAGCCGGUCUACAGUUUCCUGUCGGUAGAAUCGGUCGGUAUCUUAAGAAAGGUCGCUAUUCUAAGCGUGUUGGAAGCGGAGCUCCGGUUUACCUCGCCGCGGUUCUCGAGUAUCUUGCAGCUGAGGUUCUUGAGCUUGCGGGUAACGCUGCAAGAGACAACAAAAAGAACCGAAUCAUACCACGACAUGUUCUGUUAGCUGUAAGGAACGACGAGGAGCUAGGGAACCUACUCAAAGGCGUAACCAUCGCACACGGUGGAGUCUUACCGAACAUAAACCCAAUUCUCCUCCCAAAGAAGUCUGAGAAAGCAGCUUCAUCUCCAAAACUGCCCAAGUCACCAUCAAAAGCUACCAAAUCCCCUAAGAAGGCAUAG